AUGUCUACGGGUCGUUAUCCCACAAACUUGUCGAGUUGGCUCUACACCUCCACCAUCACCUCAUUGGCUGGCACUGAGCUUGGACUGGUCUUGAUCUCGACCCCUCGAUACACUGUGCUCUUUGUAUUGACUUGGUCUCGGUUUUGUGGUCUAGACUACAACACUGUUGGGAUGGCCUUACCAAAGGCACUAGGAUGCAUGGUUGUUCUUCUUGUUAUAGUCUACCAUGUGGAGAAGCACGGGUACAGAGAGUGUCUGAAUGUGUUCUUUGAGGAUGUGAUUGGUACGAACACAUCACACACUCUUGCCAGAGAAAAAAGACUGGUUUCCAUAAAUUCCACUGAGUAUGUACUCAAAGCUGUAAUCAGUAUCUCUGAUCUGGAUCGUCUGCAAGUGUUUGUGAACCGGCUCAGUGAACAACCUUUCCAGGUCACCAGCUCCUCUGUAAUUACCAGCAUUAACGCCACAACAGUGUGUACACCAAAUAUGAAUGAAUACCAGUGCAGAUGUGAGGAUAACUAUGCUUGGUCAUUAAAUAACUGCAUUAGCCAUGGUGCCUGUGAUGCUAUCACUGGUGAAACAUGUGGAUGCAUAAAUGUCCCUCCAACUGCAACUGAAGAUCAGUCCUGUCAGCUACAAACCAGUCAAACAGAGACAUCCACACCAACCCCAACACCUACACCACCCCCAACACCUACACCACCAAAUGAAUCCGUAGACAUUGAAGUUGUCCUGGAUCUGCGCAUCCCAGUCUCCAGUGUGCCUUCAGAUUUCAUUAAUCUAUUCAGGGUCAUUCUGACAAAUUUCCGAUUUCCACACACCAUCUCUGAUUCUUUAGAAGUCAGAUAUGUAAAUUUCACUACAGGUUGUUUUCCAAACUCCACUGGAGGAGUGCAGUGUCAGUGUGAGGAUCAAUUUGCUUGGUCAUGUGAGAAGUGUCUCACGUAUGGACCAUGCAGUAAUGCCACCAGUCGAACUUGUGGAUGCAUAAAUGGACUUCCUUCUGAUGGAGACUUCUGUGAGCCAAUCACAGAUGUCCUUCAAUGUCCAACACCGAGUCCUGGGAUGACAACAACACCAAUGACGACAACAACACAAAUGACGACAACAACACCAAUGACGACAACAACACCAAUGACGACAACAACUCCAAUGACGACAACAACUCCAAUGACAACAACAACACCAAUGACAACAACAACUCCAAUGACAACAACAACAACACCAGUGACAACAUGCAUCCACACCGAGGAAAAAAGCAAUCUGACAGUAGGACUAUUUAAAGAACUGGCAAAAAAAGAUUACCCAAUGAUAUUUGAGGGCCGAGAGAAUUUAGUGUUUGACCCACCUGAUGUAUUUUUUGGGGAACCAGUAACUGUGACAUGUGAACUACCACCAGAAGAUCUCAAUUUUGGUUCUGCAUGGAGUCAAGAGUGGAGACGUAACAAUGAGUUAAUUUCUGAAGAUGACCAACACAGUUUUUCAAAGGAUAGAACACCAAAACUAACUAUAAAACGUUUUUUUAUCACUGACAAUGGAAAAUAUGAAUGCAGGCUGAUAAAAAGCGAUAAAACUAUUUUCAGACGGACAUCCAAAGGACCAUUUAGCCUCAAACCUACACCCUUAAUUCAAGUGACACCAGUCAAUAAGAAUGUUGAAUGUGGCGGAGAGCCAGAGGUACUGAAGUGCACUGUCAACAGCCCUUAUAUAGUUGAGUUUAAAGAAAUUCGUUCAGCUGAAUUUGAUUGUAAAGAUAGCGAGUAUGGUCCUGGAAAUGAAGGAGACAGGGCAAAAGGUCCCUGCAAAAUAGACGAGGUGGGAGAAAAGGAAGCAGUUUGUCGCAGUGGUAAAUGGGAGACUGUGAAACCAGAAAACUGUGUCCUACAACCUCUUCAGGAUCUUCUCGCGCAGUCUGAGUUAGUGACUAAUAAUUCACUGCCAGGAUUCUUGGAAGAACUCAGUGAUGUCACUACAAAUAACUCUGGCAAAAUAGUUGAAUCUGCUGCAAACAUUAAUGCCAUCGUGGACAUACUCAGCAAUUUAGCCAACCUGAGUAAUAACCUUUCAAUAACUGAAAAUUCAAUGAGGAAUAUCCUUCAGACUGCAAGCGUCCUCACUGGGAAUGAAACAAAGGAUCAAUGGAACCUUCUAAACCAAAAUGCCAGCAAAAACAGUAACAGCUCCACAGUUAAAAGUGUCAGCUCAGCAUUUUUAGAGUCACUUGAAAAUUUCUCAGGCAGUCUUACUGAAGAUUCUUUUAACAUUAUCACGCCUUUAAUUCUCCUGAACAAAACUACAUUCAUGGACACUUUCAGUGCCGACAUUGAAUUCGGAAAUUCUACAGUGGUGACAAACAUACCAGAGUCUGAUGGAAAAAUUAAAUCCAUAACUGUGGUAACAUUUGCCUCCAUGGAUAAUGUACUCCCUGCAAGAAAUGAAUUCAAUUCAUCAAGCACCAUCAUCAAUGGGAGAGUUGUACUUGUUCGGUCCAGUGGCACCAUCAAUAAUAUUUCAUUCACAUUUGAUAUUUUAAACGAUACUCUGGACGACCCUCAGUGUGUUUUCUGGAACUUUAGCCUCUUUGACGGUGCAGGGGGAUGGGACAGCAAUGGCUGCGAGUUGGUACAUGAAAACAAAACCGUCACCUGCAACUGCAACCACCUGACCUCAUACUCUAUGCUCAUGUCACCCAAAGGUAUAGAUGACCCUGUGGCAAGGUAUAUCACCUACGCUGGAGUUGCCAUAUCCAUGGCUUCCUUGGUCAUAUGCCUUAUAAUUGAAGCCGUCAUAUGGAGAAAAAUAAGAAAGAACAACACGUCUUACUUGCGACAUGUUUCUAUUGUUAACAUCGCUGUGUCCCUCCUGAUUGCAAACAUUUGGUUUAUUAUUGGGGCAGCAAUUUCUGAAGAAAAAAAUGACGUAAAAGCAUGCAAUACGGCUACAUUUUUUAUCCAUUUGUUCUACCUAGCCCUGUUCUUCUGGAUGUUAGCCUCAGCUCUGCUGUUGCUCUACCGCACAGUCAGUGUCUUCGACAUGGGAUUGUCUAAAAAGUCUAUGGUGGCCAUUGGAUUCAGUCUCGGCUACGGGGCACCUCUGAUAAUCGCAGUUAUAACUAUAGCUGUAACUGCACCCAAUAAAGAGUACAUCCAAGACAACGAUGUCUGCUGGCUCAGGUGGGACCCGUCAUACGCUCUCCUGGCCUUUGUGAUCCCAGCGCUGGUAAUUGUGGCAAUAAACCUUGUGAUCCUGUUGGUGGUGAUAUACAAAAUGUUGAGGAGAAGGGCAGUAGGAGACGCUGCACAAGCCGCUGAGAGGCACGUUCUGGUGGUCAUUGUCAGAAGUUUGGCUGUGCUCACACCAGUUUUUGGAUUAACUUGGCUUCUGGGACUCGGAAUCAUGGUAGAACCAAAAAAUAGAGGACUUCAUAUUUCAUUUGCAUUCUUCAAUUCACUGCAGGGUUUCUUCAUAUUGGUGUUUGGAGUUCUGUUGGACAAAAAGGUGCGGUCUGAAAUCUCAGUAGUUUCACAAAGUUCCAGAAGUGGGACAAGGAGCACCAGUGCUGGAAACUCCUCAUCAAGUGGAUUGGGCUUUUUCCGGAACUGGAGAAGAGGAAGAGAUGGUUACAAUGUGUCAUCUAGUGCAUCUCAGUCCCUCAACACUUGAUGAUCCUUGCAGAAAGCUCUGAGCAGUCACAAUGACCAAGCAAAGCAUCUGUUUCACAAAAGUUUCUUUUUUUUCUUUAUUAUAGCCAUGACAAGUUGAAGAUAUGAAGGCCAAAUUAUUUAUUAGU